GGUGAUGCUUAAAUAUGGCCCCAGAGAGCAAAUUAUUGUAUUCGUCGUUUAGUAUUAUGAAUUGCCUCUUGAUAGGGACCUAUUAAAAGAACCAACUGCCUGCCACAGGAUGAGAUCGUUAAUCGGAGGACUCGUCUGUUGCAUGUCCUUCCUUACCCUGGAAGUCCAAGCAACAUACCGACUUUAUGGAGGAUACCAUCCUCGGCAGCAUCACGCAGACAGCCCUAACGUGCCACCGCAAACGUUUCAGCGGAGCAUCCAACAGCAACAACCAUUUCAGAGUGUUCAGCAAGGACAGCAACAUAUUGGGAAUGUGCAGCAACCAGCUCAGUUUUCUCAGAAUCAAAGAACUAUUGAUUUGGGAGGUUGGUUAAUUUUCGUGCCAUGUCCAUUAUUCUGUAGAGAGGCCUUUGCUUGCUGUCCAUGGUGCGUAGACAGCGGUAGCGGAUAUUUGGAAUAGUCGGUGCAGACUGCUAAGUUAUUGCUGUUUAUAUUUCAUUAUAUUUGAGAUUAUAGUAUAUUUAAAUUUGAAAUAAUUUGAUAUUGACGUCCAUUUAUGAUGUGCAUAAAAGUUCCGAAUUUAAUCAAAUCUCGUGUAUUGGCCAGUCGUCGGGCAUUACAGCAUACAUACUUAGGUAGAUGAUUUGAUACUGUAAAUAUACAUUGUUAUCUUGCCAGACAAUAACAGACAUUUAGAAAUUCAUUAGUAGGAAAAUGUUUCACAAAUAGCACACCAAAGGAAGGACUGUCAAUGUGUAGGUGACUCAGUCCUUUGGGCUAAAUUAAACAUUCUGGCUAUUAUAUGUAAAAGUUCAGAACCCUUUACAUUGUGAGAAAUAAGAAACAUUAUACUGUAUGUCAACUUGGUAUGUCGGUUACUACUGUAGAAAUUGUAUUUUUCAUCUAGGUUUUUUUCAUCUGUACUCAAUUGCUAACAGCCAGCCUCUUACUGAUGCUUAAGGCGAACAGCCAGCCUCUUACAGAUGCUUAAGUCUAACAGCCAGCCUCUUACUGAUGCUAAAGUCUAACAGCCAGCAUCUUACUGAUGCUUAAGGCGAACAGCCAGCCUCUUACUGAUGCUUAAGUCUAACAGCCAGCCUCUUACUGAUGCUUAAGUCUAACAGCCAGCAUCUUCCCCCGAUGAUGCUUAACGCUAACAGCCAGCAUCUUCCCGAUGCUUAAGUCUAACAGCCAGCAUCUUCCCCCGGAUGAUGCUUAAGGCUAACAGCCAGCAUCUUCCUGAUGCUUAAGUCUAACAGCCAGCCUCUUACUGAUGCUUAAGGCUAACAGCCAGCCUCUUACUGAUGCUUAAGGCUAACAGCCAGCCUCUUCCUGAUGCUUAAGUCUAACAGCCAGCCUCUUACUGAUGCUUAAGGCUAACAGCCAGCCUCUUACUGAUGCUUAAUGCUAACAGCCAGUCUCUUACUGAUGCUUAAGGCUAACAGCCAGCCUCUUACUGAUGCUUAAGGCUAACAGCCAGCCUCUUACUGAUGCUUAAGGCUAACAGCCAGCCUCUUACAGAUGCUUAAGGCUAACAGCCAUUCUCUUACUGAUGCUUAAGGCUAACAGCCAGCCUCUUAAUAAUAAUAAUAAUAAUAUGCCAUUUAGCAGACGCUUUUAUCCAAAGCGACUUACAGUCAUGCGUGCAUACAUUUUUUUGUGUAUGGGUGGUCCCGGGGAUCGAACCCACUACCUUGGCGUUACAAGCGCCGUGCUCUACCAGCUGAGCUACAGAGGACACUCUUACUGAUGCUUAAGGCUAACAGCCAGCCUCUUACUGAUGCUUAAGGCUAACAGCCAGCCUCUUACUGAUGCUUAAGGCUAACAGCCAGCCUCUUACUGAUGCUUAAGGCUAACAGCCAGCCUCUUACUGAUGCUUAAGGCUAACAGCCAGCCUCUUACUGAUGCUUAAGGCUAACAGCCAGCCUCUUACUGAUGCUUAAGGCUAACAGCCAGCCUCUUACAGAUGCUUAAGUCUAACAGCCAGUCUCUUACUGAUGCUUAAGGCUAACAGCCAGCCUCUUACUGAUGCUUAAGGCUAACAGCCAGCCUCUUACUGAUGCUUAAGGCUAACAGCCAGCCUCUUCUGUUGGUGUUAUUAUUAUUUUUUAAAUCUCUUAUCUUGUCAUAUGAUUGAGCAGGUGCUGUGAUAAAAGUCACUAUUGGGUUGUUUUUAUUUUGUCCUCUGCAGGGGAAUCUUGAGAGAAGAAGGCUAAACGUGGGCAUUCUAUUUUGUUUAAAAUUUAAAAUUGGUUUGGUUGAAUUGACCUGACUUUCCCUGUUGCUAAGUUACAAUGUUUAUUUGCCUCAGAGAAGUUCAGAAACUCCUCUCACUAGGCUUUGCUUUACCUCAUAUCCAUUCCUGAUUUUAGAAGUUUUGUAUUCAUCCACUUCAGACUCCUUUAUUACUUCAGACUCCUUUAGACUUUCAUUUGUUCUGCUUUGUUUGUAGCAUAUCAUUGCUGUGUGUAAUGAAGCGUGCACGAUUGCCCGCUUAAAAACAAACGCUCCCAUCCAAUCCUUUUAGAAUAGUAGCACUUAGUAAAUGUACUUGUAAAACAUGUAAAGGUGACUUGCUUAAAACUUCAGCAACUCCAGGCCUGAAUGUGAAACCUGAAUGUGUUUGAUAUACACUGAAUGUACAAAACAUUAGGAACACCUGCUCUUUCCAUGAAAUACACUGACCAGGUGAAUUCAGGUGAAAGCUAUUAUCCCUUAUUGAUGUCACUUGUUAAAUCCACUUCAAUCAGAAGGGGAGGAGACAGGUUAAAGAAGGAUUUUAAAGCCUUGAGAUGGAUUGUGUAUGUGUGCCAUUGAGAGGGUGAAUGGGCAAGACAAAAUAUUUAAGUGCCUUGGAACAGGGUAUGGUAGUUGGUGCCAGGCGCACUGGUUUGAGUGUGUCAAGAACUGCAACGCUGCUGGGUUUUUCACGCUCAACAGUUUCACGUGUGUAUCAAGAAUGGUCCACCACCCAAAGGAUAUCCAGCCAACUUGACACAACUGUGGGAAGCAUUGGAGUCAACAUGGGCCAGCAUCCCUGUGGAAUGCUUUCGACACCUUGUACAGUCCAUGCUCCGAUGUAUUGAGGUUGUUCUGAGGGCAAAAGGGGGUGCAACUCAAUAUUAUGAAGGUGUUCCUAAUGUUUUGUACACUCAGUGUAUCUGACAGAGGAACUCUGGCUAGCAGUUCCCUGUCAAAGUGUGUAGAGUAAACCAUUUCACCCUCUGUGGUAAAAACCUAUGCCACAUCUUUUCCCUCGCAGAAACCCACUGCAAAAGCCGCCCCCUAGAUCUGGUGUUCAUCAUCGACAGCUCCCGUAGCGUGCGUCCCCAAGAAUUUGAAAAGGUCAAAAUCUUCUUGGCUGACAUGGUCGACACCCUCGAGGUUGGCGCGGACGCCACACGUGUGGCCGUUGUGAACUACGCUAGCACGGUGAAGAUUGAGUUCCUGCUCAAGACUUACUUCGACAAGCCGGGCCUGAAGGCAGCGCUGGCCCGCAUCGAAUCCUUAGCGGCUGGCACCAUGACGGGGCUAGCCAUCAAGACAGCCAUGGAGGAGACCUUCACCGAGGAGUCGGGCGCCCGGCUAACCAACAAGAACAUCGCCAAGGUGGCCAUCAUUGUGACGGACGGGCGGCCCCAGGACACGGUGGAGGUUGUUGCCGCGACGGCGAGGGCUGCAGGCAUCGAGAUCUACGCAGUGGGGGUGGACAGGGCGGACAUGAAGUCCCUGCGUCUCAUGGCCAGUCUGCCACUGGACGAACACGUGUUCUACGUGGAGACCUACGGCGUCAUCGAGAAGCUCACGUCCAAGUUCAGAGAAACCCUUUGUGGUAAGAGAAGGAGGCCAUUGCUUAGCUGAGGGAUAGGUCAUGUUUGCAAGUCUUCCUAUAAUAGCAGUGCACAAUUCCUUAGGGGCAGUGCACAAUUCCAGGUCUAAACUAGCUGUUGGUUUCCCAGGUCUAAACUAGUUGUUGGUUUCCCAGGUCUAAACUAGCUGUUGGUUUCCCAGGUCUAAACUAGUUGUUGGUUUCCCAGGUCUAGACUAGCUGUUGGUUUCCCAGGUCUAAACUAGUUGUUGGUUUCCCAGUUCUAAACUAGCUGUUGGUUUCCCAGGUCUAAACUAGUUGUUGGUUUCCCAGGUCUAAACUAGUUGUUGGUUUCCCAGGUCUAAACUAGUUGUUGGUUUCCCAGUUCUAAACUAGCUGUUGGUUUCCCAGGUCUAAACUAGUUGUUGGUUUCCCAGGUCUAAACUAGUUGUUGGUUUCCCAGGUCUAAACUAGCUGUUGGUUUCCCAGGUCUAAACUAGCUGUUGGUUUCCCAGGUCUAAACUAGUUGUUGGCGGCUUCCCAGGUCUAAACUAGCUGUUGGUUUCCCAGGUCUAAACUAGUUGUUGGUUUCCCAGGUCUAAACUAGCUGUUGGUUUCCCAGGUCUAAACUAGUUGUUGGUUUCCCAGGUCUAAACUAGUUGUUGGUUUUCCAGGUCUAAACUAGUUGUUGGUUUCCCAGGUCUAAACUAGCUGUUGGUUUCACAGGUCUAAACUAGUUGUUGGUUUCCCAGGUCUAAACUAGUUGUUGGUUUCCCAGGUCUAAACUAGCUGUUGGUUUCCCAGGUCUAAACUAGCUGUUGGUUUCCCAGGUCUAAACUAGUUGUUGGAUCCCCAGGUCUAAACUAGCUGUUGGUUUCACAGGUCUAAACUAGCUGUUGUUUAAAAAUCAGGAAUGGUAACCAGCAGACGAGGCCCUCGAGGACUGGUGUUGUGCACCUGUACCCAAAAAAGAUUGAUUAAUAGUAAUAAUUAUUUUAACAGUUAAUGCGAAACAGCGAUUUAUGAUUCGAUUCCGUAUGAUAACCCUCAAUUGACCAAUUAGAAAGUAAUUAAUAAUUUACCUGAAUUAUUCCAAACCUGAUUAAUUCUGUUCAAGGUGAUGAUGUUGUCAGACUAAACCAAUCAGCUGUGAGGAUGUUUGUUUACAGGUGUGGACGCCUGUGCCCUGGGACACGACUGCGACCACAUAUGUGUCAACAACAACAACUCGUACACCUGCAAGUGUCGAGAAGGCUAUACACUGAAUGCAGACAAGAAAACAUGCUCACGUAAGGACCACAAGCCUCUAUCGGGAAUGUGGAUAGCACUUUGUUCGAUAGGUACCUACAUAAGGACUUCAUAACACAUUCAUAACCCAUGAAUAACCCAUAUAUAAGCAAGCAUUUAAUAAAUUAUAAUGCCAACAACCACAGGUUGAUUUUUAUGUUACAGGAACGUUUUCAACGAUUGUUGACAUAAGUAAUUAUGAAAUGCUCAUGUACUGCUUAUGAAUGUGUUAUGUUAUGUAUGAGUUAUGAAUGUAUUAUGGAGUCCUUAUGUAGGUACCCUUCAAAUAAAGUGUUGCCGGAAUGUUUUUGUGUGUAGGGGACAUUUUUACUAUAUUUAUUGUGUAAUACAGAAAGGAGAGGGUAACGAAACAAGCCUUGUAUUUAGGGGCAAAGGUUCAAUAUUAAUGUGAAAGAUUUUGUCUUGUGUUUACACUUAGCAGCAGGUUCUUUGCAAAACCAAAACCAAAACCAAAAUGGACCAGGUUUGAACGGUUGGUGCACCUUUAUUCCAGAAUUCAUAGGCUAGACAUCCUAAAUGCUGCAGUUAUGGUAUGCAUGCCCAGUGCUUGAAGUGGACUGAACUAGGUGCCACACUCAUUCUGGGUGCUGGUACUGUUACAUUUAGGUGUCGGAACUCCGCAAUAUUUUUUAAGCCGAUAUUACUACAAGAGGUGCAGGAACUCAUGCUGUAGAAAAUGUAAGGUGCCCGGAACUCAGUCCCUGUGUGUUCCUGCCGAAGUCAAGCACUGUGCAUGCCACUAUCCAAUGCGUUUACGCUAGCUAACAUUGCUGUCCCCCCCCUUUCACCUUAUACGGCUAAUACAUGGUGAGUUUGUUGUGAUGCGUUGGCGUGGCUUAUUUAGCAUUCACACCCGUGGAGCUGCAGAGUAGCCUGGGCUGCAGGGCUGGAGCUCUCGACCUGUCUUGGCCAUUGAUGGCUAUAAGAGUGUCCGCCUGGACAACUUUGAGCUGGUGAAGAGUCAACGCUGGCACUGUACAGGUUGGCCUGAUCCAGUACUCCAGCCGAGUCCGGACCGAGUUCACCUUAAACUAGCACCGGACCACCAAGGCUUUGAAGAAGGCGGUGAGAGGUGUUCAGUACAUGGGCUCCAUGACCAGUCUGGCCCUGGUCCAUCUGCUGGACAGGAGCUUCACCCAGGGAGAGGGCACCAGGCCAAAGUGCCCCGGGUGGCCAUCGUGCUGACGGACGGACAGUUGCAAGACGACAUCUCGGAGCACGCCAGGAACCUCAAAGAGCAGGGUGAGAGCCCUUUUUCUUAAACAGUGUAUAAUGUAACACCAUUCUAUUGAGUUGAACAUGUCUGAAGUUGUAAGAUGAUGACUCCAAACUCUAAAAUUACUCACAGUUUUCUGUUGUACAUCCAGUAAAUAUUUCGAGUUCAUUAUAUGAAUGCACGUUUCCUCCUACCAUAGCUGUGUAAUACUUAAACGUCCAAUCCCAUGUAUAUAGUUUUGAGUUUGUCAAAAGAGGUGAACCUUGUCCUGUCCUGUCGUCCUUCUCUCUUUCCUCAGGUGUUGAGACGUUCGCGGUGGGUGAAACGGAGGAGAGCGAGCUCCUGGAGAUAUCCUCUGAGCACCACAGCCAGCAUUACUUUCACUCAGCCGACUUUAGCACCGUGGACUCCAUAGCUCACACCUUAAAGAGCAAGUUCUGCCACAAUAAGGAAGAAGGAAAUGGAUGAGCACGGGGAGGCGCAGCAUGAGCUGCUAGGGGAACAGCAGCCAGAUCCAGGAGAAGGACCCAAAGGGGCCUGGCCGUCUGACUUGUGUUUGGCCUCAUGCGUUUGUUGGACUGAUGCCUGGGUAUUUAAAAUUGCAUGCGGUCACCUAUGGUUUGUUUCACAUCUACGGGAGACCUUGAAAAAUCAAAGUAUAUUAACUACUACCUGAUGGGUUUGUUUUAUGAUGAACAAGUGCUUGAAUGAAUGGCUGGUCUACUGCCUUGGUUAAAUAUUGAAUGAAUGGCUGGUCUACUGCCGUGGUUAAAGCUUGAAUGAAUGGCUGGUUUACUGCCUUGGUUAAAGCUUGAAUGAAUGGCUGGUCUACUGCCUUGGUUAAAGCUUGAAUGAAUGGCUGGUCUACUGCCUUGGUUAAAGCUUGAAUGAAUGGCUGGUCUACUGCCUUGGUUAAAGCUUGAAUGAAUGGCUGGUCUACUGCCUUGGUUAAAGCUUUGAAGUGAUUGUUAACCUUUUGCAAAACCCAAUUGACUUACCACUGACUUCCCGUCAAUGAUCUAAAAAAGCUUCACCUGAUCUUUGACUAACUUCUUGAUGCCACUUGACUGUAUGCAUUGUCUGUAUUGACUUUACAUGAAGUAAACUAGCUGUCACACUUUACAUUAAGUUGCUCCAAUACCUCAUAGUACCAGCGAAUUGUAAUAUUUGAUAGCGUUGUGCAAUUUGUAACUACACAGUUAGUUUCCUUGUAACCACUAUGGAAAAGAUGUUUUAAUAGAUUCUUAGGUGUGGAAGAAGUUACACUUUAAGUUUCUAGCUACUGUGUAACACAGGGGGCUGCUGAGGGGAGAACGGCUCAUAAUAAUGGCUGGAACGGAGUGAAUGGAAUGGCAUCAAACCAUGUCUUUGAUCAAUCAAUCAAUCAAUUUUAUUUUAUAUAGCCCUUCUUACAUCAGCUAAUAUCUCGAAGUGCUGUACAGAAACCCAGCCUAAAACCCCAAACAGCUAGUAAUGCAGGUGUAGAAGCACGGUGGCUAGGAAAAACUCCCUAGAAAGGCAAAACCUAGGAAGAAACCUAGAGAGGAACCAGGCUAUGAGGGGUGGCCAGUCCUCUUCUGGCUGUGCCGGGUGGAGAUUAUAACAGAACCAUGCCAAGAUGUUCAAAAAUGUUCAUAAGUGACAAGCAUGGUCAAAUAAUAAUCAGGAAUAAAUCUCAGUUGGCUUUUCAUAGCCGAUCAUUAAGAGUUGAAAACAGCAGGUCUGGGACAGGUAGGGGUUCCAUAACCGCAGGCAGAACAGUUGAAACUGGAAUAGCAGCAAGGCCAGGCGGACUGGGGACAGCAAGGAGUCACCACGGCCGGUAGUCCCGACGUAUGGUCCUAGGGCUCAGGUCUCUCAGUUGGCUUUUCAUAGCCGAUCAUUAAGAGUUGAAAACAGCAUGUCUUUGAUGUAUUUGAUACCAUUCCACCUAUUCCGCUCCAGCCAUUACCAUGAGCCCAUCCUACUCAAUUAAGGCGCCACCAACCUCCUGUGCACAAUACUGAUCAGCCUAUCGUAUUUAGAUGACCAAAAUAAUUCAGGAAGAGCUAAACUGAUAAAGUUGUUUAUUGGUAACUGCAGUAACUUAAUGUCAAGUUCCUCUUUCAGAGGAUGCGAACGAGAUGAGUGGGAAUGAGCUGAGUGAAGACGCCUGCAUGUGUGAGGCUCAGAUUGCCUUCCAGAUGAAGAUGCAGACCACCAUACAGCAGCUGACCAACAAACAUAUCCUUUUACCUCACCGUUAUAAUGGGUCAGGGUGGCAUUUAUACAGGGCUUUUCACAAAGCCACUACCACCAGCUGCAAUGUUGUACAUAUGGCCCGAGUGGAUAUCGCUCUACUUUGAACUUUUACACUUCCCUAUUACACUUCAGUGUAUGUAUUGAAGAAGACAAAAUCAUUUCCUUGACUGUUAUUUCCACUAGAUGACCUAUCGAGGAAAGUGACCCAGUUUGGACGCAGCCGUUGAUUCUAAAGAAGGGGGACGCUGCAAAGAGACCAUUCAGAGCUCACCCAGUUCACCACAAUCUAAAAUGGCUGUAUAGUUUUCCUCUUUUUCGCAAACCGUCAUUAUUAACAACAGUCCAUUUUGGAGUUAUUGUACUGUAUAACAACCUUCAAUAUAUGUGUUUUAGGUCUAAAACAAUGUGUUUACCAUUGAAUGACAUGACCAAUAAUGUUCCAUUUGCUCACAACAGAUGCCCCCAUUUCAUUACAUUUAAAGCUAGGAACAAAGAGCAAAGUUGACUUUUUUUGCACAAUACUUGUCUCCCCAUGGUGGCACCUUUCCAGUUGAACAACAUUCCAUCUUCCACCACAUCACCUAUAAUAAAGAGGAAGCAAUAAUGGCUCCAUCAAAUGAAAGACAAGACACAUGGAAUGUAAUUUCUGUCAAUAUAUACUGUUCUAUUGUUCUAUUUUCUAGUGUUCUAUUUUGGAUAUUUGUACAAAUGUAUACAUUAAAUACAUAUUUUGAAGAAAUGUCAUAUUAACA